AUGUCGUCCAAACUCUUAACGCUUUUGUUCUUCCUAUCCUUUGUCGCGAUCCACCACGUCCCUAUGGUGACAUGCAGACAAUGGUGCAUGGCGAUGCCUAAUGCUUCAGAUGAGCAGUUACAAGCCAACAUUGACUACGCUUUCAACAACGACGUCGAUUGUACACCGAUCCAACCAGGGGGAAUAUGCUAUGAGCCAAACACUCUUUAUGACCACGCGUCCUAUGCGAUGAACGCUUAUUACCAGAAUCAUGGUCGCGUGGAAGACUCUUGCAGGUUCAACCGCAGCAGUUGUUGGGUCUUUGUCGACCCAAGUUAGGGCUCAUGUGUGUACUACACUUAGAAGCAAUUUCAUUGUUUUGAAAUUACGUCUUUACUUGUUUUUAUUUUUAAUUAUUAUCCCAUACUAUGUAAUGUAUACGUGUAUAUGAAGUUAUCCUAGAAGUGUAGUAGAGGUUGAGUUUGUACAGAGUAUAAAUACAG